CUGUGUCCAAGUAAACGCAACUUUCUUCUCUUGCAUGGUCCCUCCACCCACAAAUGCCUUCUGCCUUUAUGUAGCGAGAAACUAAACUCAGUGAAGAACAAAUUUGAUGGAAAAAACUAUGAGCCUCUUGAUUCUUACCCUCACCCUACAACUUUUGUUGAUCUUUGAUUCUGCUUUCAGCUCCUGUCAGAACAAAUGUGGAGGAAUCAAGAUUCCGCCCCCAUUUGGAAUCGGGGUGGGUUGUUAUCUCAACAAAUGGUACGAAAUUCAAUGUAUUAGUAAUACUGCUUUCAUUGCCGUACUUGGCAAGGAAGUUGUGAAUAUCUCCUUUCCGAGUGAAGACACUAGCCAAAGUCAAGGUUUUUGGUCAUAUGGAUCAGUUCGCAUAAAAAACCCAAUAACUUCGAAAGGAUGUUCCAGCGACGGCAAACAAGAAGCAGACGGAUCACUUUUGAAUCUGAUGGGUAGCCCUUUUUACGUCAGCUACAAGAAUACCCUUGUAGCGGUUGGUUGCAACAUCACGGCAUCGUUGACAACUGCUGAGCCAAGCACGGUGGGAUGCAGCUCGAGUUGCAGCACAAUACAGCCUUCGCCUACACAUAACUAUCUCGCGUUUGUUAGUUGUGUAACAAAGAAGUCCAACAAAGGCAUUUACUCCCCUAUGUGUGAUGCAACAAGCAUUAGGGAGAAAAGAAUCUGCAAUGGUGUUGGAUGCUGCCAGGUAAGUAUACCGGACGAGCUUCAACAGAUUGCUGGUGUGAGCAUAGAAGAAAAUACCACCAUUUCGAAAGGAGGGUGCAAAGUCGCCUUCUUAACGGACGAGGAAUACUCUUUCAACCACAUAUCUGAUCCGAAAUGGCUUCAUGCUAAACGAUAUGCUACCGUUGAGCUAGGAUGGUUCAUCCAUACAACCAAUGCUUCCUUCAUAGAUUCCUUGGAGUUGACGUGCGACCAAAUGACAGGAGACGAUACUUUUGAAUACAAUGCAACUUGUGCAUGCGAGUAUUUUGCUAAUUCGAGCUAUGCAAGUUGUGCGUGCAAUCGGGGCUAUAGAGGCAACCCAUAUGCUCCUGGCGGAUGCAAAGAUAUUGAUGAAUGCCUAGAAAACAAAACUAUUGAUGGUAGUGUGCCCUGUUUGGAAUAUCCGGGAUACAUUUGUGUAAAUAUUCCAGGAGGCCAUGAUUGCGUGCUUGCGAAGACUAAGCCAAUUGCUUUAGGGAUUGGAGUAAGCUUCGGUUCAUUGGUCUUAGCUAUUGCAUUGUACUGGUUAUACAAGUUUAUUAAAAGACAAAAGAAGAUCAACCGUAAAAAGAAGUUUUUCAAGCGCAAUGGAGGUCUACUGUUGCAACAACAAUUGGUUUCAACAGAAGGCAAUGUCGAGAAAACAAAACUCAUCACCGGAGCAAAACCAAUCUCUUUCUUGCGGUCUCAAGAGAAUAGAGCAUUGGCAACUUAUUUCAUUCUUGCAAUGAAAGAGAACAAACUCGAAGAAAUCAUUGAUGCUCGAAUCAGAAAGGGGUGCAAGUUGGAGCAAGUUACCGCGACAGCAAAACUCGCUAGGAAAUGUCUGAAUCUUAAAGGGAGAAAACGGCCAAGCAUGAGACAAGUGUCCAUAGAAUUGGAGAGGAUUCGUUCAUCGGGUGGAGAUUCACAGCUACAAGUCAUUGACGAAAGCGAUGAAGAGGAAGAAACCGUGGAAGUGAACAUUGGAGUUGAAUCGUGGAACAACGUGGCUGUUACCGACAAUGUUGCAACUUCAUUCUUAGAUGUUGAACCCUUGUUUCCUCGUCAAACAUGGAUGAACGGGAACCUACGGUACGAGGUUGCGAUGAACUUCAUCAUUAUAAUCCUCAACGUUGCAGUGACGUUGUAUAUGACUAUGAGAAGCCACAAGAUUCCACUAGAUGAAAACGUUGUAGGACCUGUGCUUUGUUUCGGUAUUUUCGGCGUGGGUGUC